GCCACUGCUCCAACCACUGCCACCACCGCCACAGUCGCAGCCGCCGUAGCCUCAGCCGCCGGGCAAGUAGCUCAGAGCGGCGGCUUCCCGGGCGCCCCGACGCCGACGAGGGCGCCGCGCUCUGCUCGCUCCGCGCCCGAGCCAUGCCGGGCAGCCGCGCGUAAUCGCCGCGCGCAGGCCGCCGCCGACCCGACCUUGGGCACGGUCCCUCGCCUGAGCCGAGCUUUCAGUGCGCGCAACUCCCUCGGUCUCCGCCGGCCCCUCGCAACCAUGCCCCGGGCCACUGCGCUCGGGGCCCUUAUGCGACUGCUGCUGCCUCCUCUGCUGCUGCUGCUGCCGCUGCCCCGCGACGCCAGGGGGCUCGGGGAGGGCUCGGACCUCGCCUCGGACUACUCGGCGCUGGAAUUCGAGGAGGGCGCGGAGCAGCAGCUGGAGCAUUACCACGACCCGUGCAAAGCCGCUGUCUUUUGGGGAGACAUUGCCUUAGAUGAAGAGGACCUGAAGUUAUUUCGCAUUGACAAAGCCCAAGACUGGGUCAAGCAGUCAGAGGAGGAAACAGGGCACAGCACAGGUGGGCUUGAAGAGCAGCCAUUUGAGAGUUGGCCGAACACUACAGCCAUGAAUACCAGCAGCGAGGAAGCUAGAAAGGAUGGCAAGGAGAAUGUCAUGCUUCCACAGAGCCCUGGGACCUCAAGUGCCAGGGCUGAGACCUUCUCUCCUCGGGUCCGAAGAGCCACAACCUCCAGGACAGAGAGGAUAUGGCCCGGAGGGGUCAUCCCCUACGUCAUCGGAGGGAACUUCACUGGAAGCCAGAGGGCCAUUUUUAAGCAGGCCAUGAGACACUGGGAGAAACAUACCUGUGUGACCUUCAUAGAGAGGACCGAUGAAGAAAGCUUUAUCGUGUUCAGUUACAGAACCUGUGGAUGUUGUUCCUAUGUUGGGCGCCGAGGAGGAGGCCCGCAGGCCAUAUCCAUUGGGAAAAACUGUGACAAGUUUGGCAUUGUGGCGCACGAGCUGGGCCACGUGGUUGGGUUCUGGCAUGAACACACCCGACCAGACAGAGACCAGCAUGUCACCAUCAUCAGAGAAAACAUCCAGCCAGGUCAGGAGUAUAAUUUCUUAAAAAUGGAAGCUGGGGAAGUGAGCUCUCUGGGAGAGACGUACGACUUUGACAGCAUCAUGCACUACGCCCGGAACACCUUCUCAAGAGGAGUUUUCUUAGACACGAUCCUCCCCCGUCGAGACGACAAUGGUGUAAGGCCAACCAUUGGCCAGCGCGUGCGGCUCAGUCAGGGAGACAUAGCUCAAGCCAGGAAGCUGUACAAAUGCCCAGCGUGCGGGGAGACCCUGCAGGACACAACAGGAAACUUUUCUGCACCUGGUUUCCCAAAUGGCUACCCUUCCUAUUCCCACUGCGUCUGGAGGAUAUCAGUCACUCCAGGGGAAAAGAUCAUCUUAAACUUCACAUCCAUGGAUUUGUUUAAAAGCCGCCUGUGCUGGUACGACUACGUGGAGGUCCGGGAUGGUUAUUGGAGAAAAGCCCCCCUCUUGGGUAGGUUUUGUGGUGAUCAAGUCCCGGAGCCCCUCAUCUCCACAGACAGCCGGCUCUGGGUGGAGUUCCGAAGCAGCAGCAACAUCCUGGGCAAGGGUUUCUUCGCGGUGUAUGAAGCUACCUGUGGGGGAGACAUUAACAAAGACGCCGGUCAGAUUCAAUCUCCCAACUACCCAGAUGACUACAGACCUUCCAAGGAAUGUGUCUGGAGGAUUACGGUUUCGGAGGGGUUUCACGUGGGGCUUACCUUCCAAGCUUUUGAGAUUGAAAGGCACGACAGCUGUUCAUACGACUACCUGGAAAUCCGCGACGGCCCCACGGAAGAGAGCAUCCUGAUUGGCCACUUCUGUGGCUAUGAGAAGCCAGAGAAUGUGAAAUCAAGCUCCAAUAGAAUGUGGAUGAAGUUUGUGUCCGAUGCCUCUAUCAAUAAAGCGGGCUUUGCGGCCAAUUUUUUCAAGGAGGUGGAUGAGUGUUCCUGGCCAGACCAUGGCGGGUGUGAGCAGCGCUGUGUGAACACUCUGGGCAGCUACAAGUGCGUGUGUGAUCCUGGCUACGAGCUGGCCGCCGAUAAGAAGACGUGUGAAGUGGCCUGUGGUGGUUUCAUCACCAAGCUGAACGGAACCAUCACCAGCCCUGGGUGGCCGAAGGAGUACCCCACAAACAAAAACUGCAUCUGGCAGGUGGUGGCCCCCACCCAGUACCGGAUCUCCCUUCAGUUCGAAGUGUUUGAACUGGAGGGCAACGAUGUCUGUAAGUAUGACUUCGUGGAGGUGCACAGCGGUCUGUCCCCUGACGCCAGGCUGCAUGGCAAGUUCUGCGGCUCGGAGACGCCCGAGGUCAUCACCUCGCAGAGCAACAACAUGCGCGUGGAGUUCAAGUCAGACAACACGGUCUCCAAACGCGGCUUCAGGGCCCACUUCUUCUCAGACAAGGACGAAUGUGCCAAGGACAACGGCGGCUGCCAGCACGAGUGCGUCAACACGUUCGGGAGCUACCUGUGCCGGUGCGGGAACGGCUACCGGCUCCACGAGAACGGGCACGACUGUAAAGAGGCUGGCUGUGUGCACAAGAUCAGCAGUGCAGACGGGACCCUGGCGAGCCCCAACUGGCCUGACAAAUACCCCAGCCGGAGGGAGUGUACCUGGAAUAUCUCUUCAACCGCGGGCCACCGGGUGAAACUCAUGUUUAAUGAAUUUGAGAUCGAGCAGCACCAGGAAUGUGCCUACGACCACCUGGAACUGUAUGACGGGCCCGACAGCCUGGCCCCUGUCCUCGGGCGUUUCUGCGGCAGCAAGAAACCAGACCCCGUGGUGGCUUCGGGCAGCAGCCUGUUCCUCAGGUUUCACUCGGAUGCUUCCGUGCAGAGGAAAGGCUUCCAGGCCGAGCACAGCACGGAGUGCGGGGGCAGGCUCAAGGCUGAAGUGCAGACCAAGGAGCUCUACUCCCACGCCCAGUUUGGGGACAACAACUACCCGAGCCAGGCCCACUGUGACUGGGUGAUCGUGGCGGAGGACGGCUACGGCGUGGAGUUGGUAUUCCGGACCUUCGAAGUCGAGGAGGAGGCCGACUGUGGCUACGACUACAUGGAGGCCUACGACGGCUAUGACGGCACGGCGCCCAGGCUCGGCCGCUUCUGCGGCUCCGGGCCAUUGGAAGAAAUCUACUCUGCAGGGGAUUCUCUGAUGAUUCGAUUCCACACGGAUGACACCAUCAACAAGAAAGGCUUUCACGCCCAGUACACCAGCACCAAGUUCCAGGAUGCCCUGCACAUGAAGAAAUAACGUCGAUAUUCUUCAAAGACAGGAACUGCGAAUGUUUUUAUAACAAUGGCACCUUGUGAAUCUGCCCUAAAACAAUGUACGGUAUUUUUCUCAAACAAAAACUCAAAAUCUAGUCUUGGAGGUAUGUAUUUGAUGAAGUUUGGCCAACAAGGAGGAGAGAAGAUGUUCCUUUGAUUCUGGCUGCAAGGUUAUCCAUUGUGGACUUUUAAAGAAUAUUAAGGUUUGAAGUCAUUGACCAUUUAAGCUAUGCCACUUCAUACCCGUUCCCCUUGUCCCUUGCUCCUAUGGGGCAAAAGGCUGGCCCUUGGGUUGGUCAUUCCUCUAUUUCUGGAUGUGCUUUCAUAGGUGCCAGCAAUGUGACCAUGUCCUGGAGACUCAGCUGUCUUCUGUCUACGCUGGGCAUGAGGAUUAAAGAUUGGCGAUGGCUGAUUUACUACUCAGCUUUGGCUGGAUACUUUUCCUCUUUCUCUGCCAGGGACAUGUCAACCAGGAUACCUGAGAAUAUGGACGUCAGGACUAAAAAAGGCAUCGCAGUAAGCAGUGCACGGAGGGAGAAUCAUUGUCACCAAGCCUUUUCUCUGUGUCAUCAGCUCUCCUUGCUUCCUUUGGCUUUCCCCCAUCCCUAAUUGCAUUAGGGGCCAAGGCAUCCACUAUGAAUUCCAGCAGAACAUUUGCUGGUGAGAGUCUCUAGUUUGCCAAGAAUAUAUCCUGGCUCCUAAAAAUCCUUCACUCACUGACUUUGAGAAGACUCCACUUGUGCUUGGGAUUCCACGGGCUUGGGAGAACAUUUCUGCCUUCAGCUUUGGAGGCACUUGCUGUGGUUAACCUUGCCUCCUUGACAACCAAUUCAAAUUGCGUUUGCAAGACGUGCAAAGACAUCUUAGGAGGGACCAGUUCAGGUCCCUUGUGGAAUGAACACUGUUGAAAACUGGUUAAUUAUAAAUUAUGUAAGAAUGAACACCUUGUGGAACAAGUCAACCUGUGACUAACUUCCUGUAACCAAUCAGGUUAAAGAGUGCAUUGGUAACUUUGCUCAGACUAACUAGUAUUCAAUCACCUACUUGCAACGGGAAGUCACCACAGUUGGUGCUUGUUCCAGAAAAGUAUAGAUGAUGUUGUUUACAUAAUUUUAGAACCUCCAGGUCUACUUUAAACAGUGAGGUAGUUUUGAAUGGCAUUUCAUUAAGGCAUCUGUGGGCAUUAUGAGCUAAAAGCUGUGGUAUGUUAGCUUUAAAAGAGUAUUUAUGUUUGAAUAAUUUUUAAAUAAUGUUUACAUAACCCUGAGUCCUGUUUGGUUAGUACUGAACACAGGACAGAGCACAAGCAUUUUCGGUGAGAGCCCAGAUAGCUCCCAAGCACCAGAAUUCCUUUGGGACGAAUCAACAUCACUUUAAACAAAGUAUUUGCAAAAGGUUAAAGCUUAUAUUUUUUAAAGAUCUGAGUAUGCCCCAGAGGACUAUGUCUAAUUAAAAUGAUUGCUGGGAGUUAAAAAAAAAAAAAAGAAGAAGAAUACAAAGAAAGAUAGAAGAAAUGCAUGGGAAUAUUUUUUCCUUAAAACAAA